GUUAAGCCUACAAAGAAAGGAAGGAAAUCUGUUCAGGAAGAUUUAGAAGAAGAAAAGCCGAAAAAGAAGAAAUCAAAGCAAAUCGAAAACGAAAUUGAAGAAAAACCGAAGAGAAAAGGUCGCAAAGCUCAAAACAACGAACCAGAUGAUGAAAAACCAAAAGAAAAACGAAGUAAAGCUUCAAAAGAAAAUCAAGUUGAAGAAAAGCCCAAAAAGAAGGGAAAGAAACAUGAUACUAAUGACUCAGAUAAAGAAAUUAAUACAAAGAGGAAAGGAAAGAAAGUUGUCGAAGAAAUUCCAGAAAAAACAAAGAAAUUAAGAAAAACAAAGAGCCAAGAAGAAACUUCAUCGACAGAUAUCGAGCACCAGAAAGAACAGUCAUUUGUUAUUGAUGCUGGUAACAGAAUUGAAGGAACUCCAGUUAAUUUUGAAUUUAAUCCACAUCCAAAGGUAGAACAAACACCGGCAAUCAAUAAUUCGGCAUUUAUCAGGAAGAACAAUGUUGAUUACUCACUCAAUUCACUUAUAAGAAGUAUGACUUUGUAA